CUCACACUCACACUCUCAGCCUCCUCCAGCCCCACCGCCCCACCAUGGCCGCAUCCACCCUGUCCGUCUGCUCCAGCGACCGGAGCUACGGCAGCCGCGUCUGCCUGCCCGGCUCCUGUGACACCUGCUCCGACUCCUGGCAGGUGGACGACUGCCCAGAGAGCUGCUGCGAGCCCCCCUGCUGUGCCCCCACCUGCUGUGCCCCCUCCUGCUGUGCCCCCACCUGCUGUGCCCCCUCCUGCUGUGUGCCCACCUGCUGUGCCCCCUCCUGCCUGACUCUCAUCUGCACCCCUGCGAGCUGCGGGUCCAGCCCCUGCCAACCAGCCUGCACCAGCUCCUGCCAGCCCUCCUGCUGCAGCUCCUCCCCCUGCCAGGAAGACUGCUCCUCCUCAUGCUGCCAGCAGUCUAGCUGCCAGCCCUCCUGCUGCAGCUCCUCUCCCUGCCAGGAAGACUGCUGCCAGCCUGUCUGCUGCACCCCUGUCUGCUGCAAACCUGUCUGUUGCACCCCUGUCUGCUGUAAGCCCGUCUGCUGCACCACUGUCUGCUGCCAGGCCUCCCCCUGCUCACCCUCCUCAUGCUGCCAGCAGUCUAGCUGCCAGCCCUCCUGCUGCAGCUCCUCUCCCUGCCAGGAAGACUGCUGCAAACCUGUCUGCUGCACCCCUGUCUGCUGUAAGCCCGUCUGCUGCACCCCGGUCUGCUGCAAGCCCGUCUGCUGCACCCCUGUCUGCUGUAAGCCCAUCUCCUGCACCCCGGUCUGCUCUGGGCCCUCCUCCUGCUGCCAGCCCAGCCCCUGCUCCUCGUCCUGCUGCAGACCGUCCUCCUGCGUGUCCCUGCUCUGCCGCCCCGUGUGCAGGCCCGCCUGCUGCGUGCCCGCCUCCUCCUGCUGUGCCCCUGCCUCCUCCUGCCAGCCCAGCUGCUGCCGCCAAGCCUCCUGCGUGUCCCUGCUCUGCCGCCCCACGUGCUCCCGCCAGGCUUGCUGCGUGCCUGCCUCGGCCCAGAAGUCCUGCUGCUGACCAGCUUGAACUUCUGUGUCUGGCACUGCUGUCUUUGCUCCUGGGCACAAAUGUCCUCUCUCAGGAGCUCUUACCUCCAAGACCAUCCCUCUACCCGUUGGUGGACACACAGCUGCUGUCUACUGGGGACCUGAACAUGCCGCCCAUCCUUUCCUGAGAAGAGAUGCCCACCAGUCCCUCAGUGGGGGUGGACUGCGGCUCCCCGGGAACCCUCUUCUGUGGGGCCGGUUGCUCGUGUUCCACGUAACAAAGGCCAAUCGCUAUAAUCAAUAAAAUGUUUGUGUCAUGUCCUAGAGACCAGUGUUUGUUUUCUCCUCCUCCUCGGACCCCAGAGACCGCUCCAGACUGGAGCUC